AGAGAGAGUGAGGGAGGUCUUAUUGGGUUUGUUGAUUUGGAACUCUGCUUAAGGUCCAGUACGUCUUUUGUAUUUUUUAACAAGGGAAGACUGGCUGGAGCUCCUGCAUUUCAAUGCCUAAAAAAUAGUGGCUUCUCAGAUUUUGGAAUUUUUAACACCAAUUUAUCAUUCAGGAGUUAUUUCAUAUUAUACCCUGGACUCUGGACUAGACAAAAUCUUACCACAGCCAACUGGGAGGUACAUUAUUAAUAGGAGCCAUUGGUCAGUUUUUGGAAGUACGAUAAUUUUUUAUUUUAUUUUAUUUUAUUUUUUAAAGUUGAUUUAAAUCUAUUCUUAGUUUUGAGCUCAGUCAGUAAUUCUUUUUCCGCAAGAUAUAGACAUUCAAUGUUAAGACUAAGUCUUGAAGUUAGAGAAGUACUAUCUGGGAAAUCCGUUGUUGAUCAGUAAUUUUGAACCCCAUAUAGAUCUACGAUCCAAUAGGGUGGCCAUUUAGCCCUUUGUACAGUAGUUUUCCAUGGCUCAGUCAGACAUCUGGCCCAACCAGGACCUCUCAAGCUCCACUGUGGUCCACAGCCCUGUCACUUUUUGUUCUGAGGGAAAUAACCAGAGAGACAAAAAUGAUGGGGACGAAGAGGAGGGAGACGAAGAGGUCGAACUUGCUGAAGAGGUGGGGGAGGACAUAUUGUUAAUGGCUGAGGCAGGAGAGGGGCAAGCUGAAAAAGAAUGUAAAGCUAGCGGUGAAAAGGAAGAAAUUGGGAUCCAACCAAUAGCCAUGGUACCUAAUGAAAUGACAAGUAAGACAGAGGAAGGCAAGGGAAGACAGGACGGGAGUGGAGAGGUAGAGGAAGCACACGAACAGUCCGACUUAAGGGAUAAACAGACUAAGAAAGAGGGCACAAUAAAGGAAGAGGCAAUGCCAAGUGGAAUUCUGUGCCACUUUGUAGAAGCACAGCGACUUGAAGAGGACAAAACUGAGGAGGAAGAUAAUGAAAAAUACAAACAUGGUCAGGGUUUGAAAUUGGUUGAAAACAGAGAAGUUAUAGAGAAAUCUGUAGAAGCCCAGACAAUAAUUGAAAAUUAUAUAGAGUCCAGUGACAACGUUGCGGUUUUAGGAAGUGAAAAAGGUCCUGUCGAUGGAGAGGAAUUGACAGCCGAGGGGAUUGUAGAAGAAAAAGAAUGCUCAAAAGAAAGAGAGAUGAUGACUGCUGAAAACCAGAAUUAUUCCUCAGUUGAUACACAAUUUCACAAUAGCAAAUGUCAUGAAAGUGAAGACCAAAAAAAGUCUGGAGUAAGUGGGGAAGAGAUGAAAGAAGAUAAAAUUCAGGAUGGGGAGCACAUAAGCGGAAGUCAAAACCUGCCUUGCUUUUCAAAAUUGGUAGACAAUAAAAGUGAUCAACACACAGAAAAUAACAAAGAGUGCGGAAAACGAGAGGAACCAAUGAGGAGCGAAGGGGUCAUUCAGGAAGAAAAUACAUCUCAUGAAACAAACAUGGAGGCAGACAGUCUAGUUCAUCUCACAACAAUAGACGAAGAUGAAAAUGGUAGAAACAAAGAUGAAGAAGAUCAUGGCAAGCAUGAGGAACUUAUUGGGAUUACGGGAAAUUUACAGGAAGAGCAAAGAUCAUGUGACAUAUACAUGGUGACUGAAGGUAUACUGAGUCUCUACACAUCAAUAGAAGAUGAAAAGGAUGACAAUGCCAUAAGAGAAGAACAAAAUGCCAAUGAGAUUGUGAGAAUAAGCACAGAUGUAGAAGAGGAAGAUCAGCACCAUGUAAUAUUGACCACAGAAAAUGAUGCUCAUCAUGUUGAUACAGGUACAGAAUCACAGAAAUCCGAUGAAAAUUCUAUUACAAUGGAUGAGGCUUCUCACAGUGAUCAAGCCUCAGCUACAAAUUCAACGGAUUCUCAUGAAGGGGCAAUAACAACAGAUGAGGUCACUCAGAGUGAUCAAGUCUCAGCUACUGAUUUACAGGGUUCCCAUGAAGGCCGAGUGGCAACACCUGAGCCUGCUCAAAGUGCUGAAGUCUCAGCUUCAAAUUCCGAGGACACCCAUGAAAAUACAGUGACAACGGAGCAAGCUACUCACAGUGAUCAAGCCUUAUCUACUAAUACACAGUAUUCUGAUGAAGAUUCAGUGACAACAGAUGAGGCAGCUUGCAGUGCUCAGGUCCCAAUGACACUUUCCCGAAAGUACCAUCAAGGUGAACUGACCACUAAUGAAUCAGAUGAAAAUGUAGAAGCAUCUCACACAGUUCAAUUUUCAUAUGCUAAUUCAGAUAAAUCCCAUGAAUGUUGGGAGAUGGAGACUACACAUACAUCAACCUGUUUAGAGGACGAUGUGAAAGAUAUCAGCAUUGAAUUAGCUAUUCAGGUCAAAGGUAAAGAUGAUGACUCCCAGACUCCACAUGAAAGUGUCGUUUUCAUACCUCCCCCUUCUUCUGUCGAACACACCAUUCAGACCAGUCAGUUGAUUGAUGAGGUGAAACACAGUGAGACAUCCACAUGUGACAACUUGGAUAGUGCAUUGGAACAGGAAUUGACCAAAAACAUCCCCCAGCAGGAGGUCCAGAUGCAGGAGUCGGUGAAUAACACAAUAUCUUCUUCAAACAAAGCCACCAAAUCAUUUAAGGAAACUGAAGAGCCACCAGAUAUUGCAUUAGUACAUCCCUUAAAUAAAUCGGAUGAGGACAUUAGCACUAAUAGAACUGGGACAUCAGAAGUAAAGGUGCAACAAGAAAACAUUUCCAUCAUGGAAAUGGCUGGAGAUGACCAAACCCCAGGUGAGAAAGACAAAUCGGACAUCGACAGUGACCUCAGCCACCAGAUUGAGGAUAUGCAUUUCAUCACCCAACAAGAUGAUACAGAGAAGGAUCUGGGAUCAGAGAAAGAGGUGAGACUGUCAGCAGAAGAGCUCAUUCCAGAGGAAUCUGAAGUUGUUUGGCACAAACAUGUACAAGACCACGGCUUGCUGCCUCUUGACAAAAAAUACACAGAUAGUAAUGAUGUGAGGGACGAGCUACGUAAAGUAGAACCUGUGAACAUUUUAGAUGAUGAGGUUAAAGUGACGAGCAUGAAUGAAAACAGACAACUUGAAGAGUUGGGGAGCAUUGCGUCAAAAGAGUCUGUAGAUUCCACGUCAAAUGCGCAUGAAGACGAGAGGCCAGUUAGCAAAGAGUUAGAACUGGAUAUUAAUGGAAGAGUCAAAGAAUUAAAAGAAGCCAUGGAGAGUGGAAUAUUCUGUCCUGAGACACAGUCGAUAAGGAAGGAAGUAAAACUAUUGUCCACUAGACGAAAAGAUAACGCAUGGAUUAAAAUGAAUCAAGGCGAACCAGAUGUGACUUUGGAACAAAAAGACCAGAAAGACAAUCUUGUAAAAACAGAAAUCAGAGAAUCUUUAACUUUUAACUCAAGUCUAGAUGUGAGAGAUGCAUGGAUGAAGGAGCUGAAGUCAGUCAUCAAAGAUGAAAGUCUUCCAAAAAAGAGAGAUGAGCAAGUGAAGAAAAAGAGGGUGGUGCUAUUAGAGGAUGGCAAGCAAUUCUUUCCUCAGGCGGAUAGGAAGUCAGAAAAGCAACCAGAGAUGACGUCACAAAAUGUUGUGGACAGCUAUUUUCCACCUGUGCAGGACAACACAACGACAACACCACAUGACCAGGACGAGAUCUCACUUUAUGUCAAGGCAGGUAGUGAUGGGGAGAGCAUCGGUAACUGCCCAUUCUGUCAACGUCUUUUUAUGAUCCUCUGGCUCAAAGGAGUAAUCUUCAAUGUCACCACUGUUGACCUCAAGCGGAAACCUGCUGAUUUACAGGAUCUCGCUCCAGGUACUAACCCUCCAUUUAUGACUUUUAACGGAGAGGUCAAGGUCGAUGUCAACAAGAUAGAGGAGUUCUUGGAGGAGAAACUGGCUCCACCACGAUACCCCAAACUCUCACCGAAACAUCUGGAUGCCAACACAGCUGGCAUUGAUGUCUUUGCCAAGUUCUCUGCUUACAUAAAGAACCCAAAGAAGGACACCAAUGACACCUUAGAGAAAGCGCUACUUAAAUCUCUUCGUCAUCUUGAUGACUUCCUGCGGACUCCCCUACCAUUUGAAAUCGAUAGUGAUGGCUCAGGAGAUGUCUUGGAGUCCACCAGGAGCUUUCUGGAUGGGUCAGAACUGACCCUUGCCGACUGCAACCUGCUUCCUAAACUACAUAUCCUAAAGGUUGUAGCCAAGAAAUACCGUGGAUUUGAAAUCCCUGCAGAGAUGACGGGCAUAUGGCGGUACUUGAACUGUGCCUAUCAGAGAGAAGAAUUCAACAGCACCUGCCCCGCUGAGAGGGAAAUUGAGUUUGCCUAUGUUGAUGUUGCAAAAAAAAUUAAAUAAAAUCAAUUCAACUGGUAAUCCAGAUAUUGGGGUAGCAGCGUAUGGCCAGGGGGCACAAUCGGCCUAAUGCAGUCUUUAAUCUGUACACUUCCUACUCCCAAUUUUUUAUUUUAUUUUUUUAAUGAUUUGUAUUCAUUUGUUAUUGACACAGUGAUUUUUGAUCAAAUGAAAAAGUUUAAGCAUAACUAUUAAUUACUUUUUAUCAAAUAAUUGAAUAAUGAAUAAUUUAAUUGAUACUAACAUUCAUUCUAAAUAACAUGACAAUUAUUUAUGGGAAAGAAAUUUACCAAUAAUGCAAUAAAAAUAAAAGUUUGGUUAUCAUUAAAUUUUUAGAACUAAUUUCUGGAUUGAUAAUGCUAUUUUUAAAAUGAAUUUAACAUUUUUACAUACAUGCACAUUUGUAAACCUCUUUCAUAAAUGAACUGGCCCAUUUCUCUAUUUUCAAAGUAAAUAUGCCUCUUUUUAUAAAAAAAAAAAAAAAAAAAAAAAAAUGCUCAACCCUGAUUCAUUCUAAUCAAAAGGAAACAAAAAGGACUGCAAAUGAUCAUUACUCAAAAAUUCUACUUGCGAGACACCCAUUCUGAAUGUAACCUACUGUGUGACUUGUGCAAGUAGGUGUAAACUAACAAGACAGGUCUCACAUUGAACGAAUCUCUACAUAAAUAAUGCUGUAUCAGUAUAAUUUGACCGCUCCAAAAAUGAGCAUGACUGUAUAUUUGUGUGUAGGCCAACAAGGAAUCAAGUUGUUUUAAAGAUAGAACAAAUUGCAAAUUUAGAGUAUACUGUAAUUUUUAACAGCACUUGUUACACUGUUGGAAACUCCUGUUUGCAUCGUUUUUGUUGCACAACAAUUUCAGUACCAUGUUCUAAACCAGAAAUUACUGCUUUAGCAUCAUUAAGCUAAACAUUUCUUUUACGUCCUUUGUAAAUCAUUUACAAUGAUUAUCUGCAUUUACUAGACAAAAUAGGGAAAAUGUCAGCUCACCUCAUUAUUGCUAUGUUGUGACUUUGAACUUCAUUUUUUUAGGGGAGUCUGAUUUAAAUGCAAAUUUGCCUAAUGAUGGAUUUAGGUGAAAAAUU